AUGUCCGUCACAAUAGAAGACGCACCACAAAGAUCUGAAGAUGCAAGCGGCUGUGCUGACAAAGAAGAAAACGUAAUUGAGGUAACUGAUGCACAUCCUGAAGCUGGAAAUUCUAGCUACUUGAUCGUUCUGCAGGUUGAUAAAGAUGCAAUAUCGCUGGAUUUAACUCGCACUCGUCUCAUGAAAAUUGAAGGAUUCGAGUUUUUGCGAAAAAUCCGGUCUUUGUGCCUAAGAUGGAAUCUUCUCAAGAAAAUUGAAGGUCUGAGCACUCUUACAACUCUGACUGAACUGGAUUUAUAUGACAAUCAGAUUGAGAAGAUCGAAAAUCUUUCUAAUUUGGUGAACCUGGAAACACUCGAUCUAUCGUUCAAUCGUAUUUGUAAAAUCGAGAAUCUUGAAGCGCUCGUAAAACUCAAAACCCUCUACCUUGUUCAUAAUAAGAUCACAAAGAUUGAGGGCCUUGAACAGGUAUCCAAUUUCCUUGCUGAGAAAUUCCAUAGCUCACCGAAGAAUACCAGCAAGCUCACCGAAUUGGAAUAUCUGGAGCUUGGCGAUAAUCGGAUCAAAAAGAUUGAAAAUCUUGAUUCAAACUGCAACAUCGUACGCCUAUUCCUUGGUGCCAAUCAAAUUCGAAAGAUUGAAAAUUUGGAGAAUCUGAAAAAGAUCGAAGUUCUUAGUCUACCUGCAAAUGCUAUAACAGUCGUUGAGGGUGUAUCCAGUCUUAACACGCUGCGAGAAAUCUAUUUUGCCCAAAAUGGAAUCCAGAGCACAUCUGGUUUAGAGCAGUUGACAAAUCUUGAGAUUCUUGACUUCAAUUAUAAUCGCCUCAAUAAAGUGACAGGCAUUCGUCAUCUCAAGAAACUUACCGAUUUUUGGGCGAAAAAUAACAAGGUGGGUUCUCGAACGGGCAAGUCUGCGCAAUGUCUCAGAAUAGCCAUUUUUCUAUGA